CGAGUCGCCGGGAGGGAGUCAUCUGUCCAAACUAUAUUGGCACGCAGCUGCUCUGACUUUGGAGUGUAUGCAAUAAAAACGCUAGGAAAACGUGCUGCGUCUACUUCGAACUGUCUCAAACGCAUACGAUCCGAACAGAGGUGUUUGAGAAUCGUCACGGAAGGAGAUUGUUCAUUUCUCCCUAAACUACACAGGAGCUUCCACGACGAAACACGCCUUUAUAUGGUGCUAGAUACUUAUCCCGGGGGAAGCAUUGCGCUACAUUUAGAUCGUGAAGGUCCAUUUGCGUCCGAUAAAGCACGUUUCUACGCGUCGGAAAUCGUGACAGGGCUCUCCCAUCUACAUUCUCUAUGCAUUGUUCAUCGUGAUAUCAAGCCGGAUAACGUGAUGAUUGCGGCUGAUGGACACAUUGCCCUAACUAACUUCGGCUGCGCUAAAAUUCUUGAUCAAAGCGAGAGUACCUGGUCGGAUUGCGGGACGAGAGAGUUUGAAGCUCCGGAGAGGAUCCUCGGAUGGUCCUAUGAUUACGCUGUCGACAUAUGGAGCUUCGGCGUGCUCCUAUGCAUUAUGCAUUUUGGUCAGGUAAACCUGCGUUCUCUAUUAUCCUCGCAGUAUAACUGA